AUGGUUUUACACAAUGUUACUUUAUUUCACCCUAAUACUUUCCUGCUCUUGGGAAUUCCUGGAUUGGAAAACAUGCACUGUUGGAUUGGUUUUCCUUUCUUUGUUGUGUUUCUAACAGCCGUACUUGGUAAUAUAACCAUCCUUUAUGUAAUUCAGACUGAACAUGGUCUCCAUCAGCCCAUGUUCUACUUCCUGGCCAUUCUGUCAUCUAUUGACCUGGGCCUGUCCACGUCCACCAUCCCCAAGAUGCUUGGAAUCUUUUGGCUUAACCUGAGAGAAAUACUAUUUGAGGGAUGUCUCACCCAGAUGUUCUUCAUCCACCUGUGCACAGGCAUGGAGUCAGCUGUGCUUGUGGCCAUGGCCUAUGAUCGCUAUGUGGCCAUCUGUAACCCUCUUCGCUAUACAUUGGUGCUGACGAACAAGGUGGUGUUCAUCAUUGCUUGGGUCAUCCUCCUGAGACCAUUGUUUUUUGCCAUACCCUUUGUCUUGCUCAUCUUACGGUUACCAUUUUGUGGGCACCAAAUCAUCCCACACACAUAUUGUGAGCACAUGGGCAUCGCCCGCCUGUCCUGUGCCAGCAUCAAGGUCAAUAUCAUCUAUGGCUUGUGUGCCAUCUCUAUCCUGGUUUGUGACAUUAUAGCCAUUGUCAUCUAUGUCCAGAUCCUUCGUGCUGUAUUUCGACUCUCUUCUCAGGAUGCCCGACUCAAGGCACUCAGUACCUGUGGAUCUCAUGUGUGUGUCAUGUUGACAUUCUAUACUCCUGCUUUCUUUUCAUUUAUGACUCAUAGGUUUGGCCGUAAUGUACCACGCUACAUUCACAUUCUUCUGGCCAAUUUCUAUGUAGUCAUUCCACCUGCUCUCAACCCUGUAAUCUAUGGUGUCAGAACAAAACAGAUUAGGGAACGGGUACUGAAAAUGUUUUCCAAGAAAUAA